GCUGCUCCGCUUCGCUGCUUCGCCAAUCACAUCUGCUCGAGCGAUCUAAGAUACGACAUCAUAGUCUUCCUGCUAGUCGGUAUGCUGGAAGAUAAUGAGAUUGCACCUGAUGGUGGCCCCAAAGGAAAUCGCGUGUGGUUAGACGGCUGCUUUGAUGUGCUACAUUUCGGACAUGCAAACGCACUUCGUCAGGCUAAGCAGUUUGGGAAGGUACUCGUCGCUGGCGUACACAGCGAUGCUGAAAUACUGUUCAACAAAGGUCCACCAGUUUUCAAUGAACAAGAACGAUAUCGAAUGGUGAAAGGAAUUAAAUGGGUUGACGAAGUCGUUGAAAACGUUCCUUUGACCACAAGUAUUGAGACUCUAGAUCGCUACAACUGUGACUUCUGCGUUCAUGGAGACGAUCCCUCCAUUUCUGCGGAUGGAAAGGACACUUUUGAAGAAGUAAAAAAAGCGAAUCGUUAUCGAGAAUGCAAACGUACAGCAGGUGUAUCAACUACUGACAUAGUUGGAAGGAUGUUGCUAAUGACAAGAUCUCAUCAUGUACCUGAGGAAGGGAUGGAUGAGUAUAGUGAACGAGUUCACACACUAAGCACGGACCGCGUGGCUGUGUCGCCUUGGACGCGCGUCUCACGCUUUGUGGCGUCUACUAAGACUAUUUCUCAAUUUGCCGAAGGUAUACCGCCUAAACCGACAGACAAGAUAGUAUAUGUGUGCGGAGCCUUCGAUCUGUUUCACGUUGGUCAUCUGUCAUUCUUGGAGGAGGCAGCGAAACUUGGCGACUACUUAAUUGUUGGCAUACUCAGUGAUCAAGUGGUUAACAAGGUCAAAGGAAGCAAUUAUCCAAUAAUGUCCCUGCACGAAAGAGUGCUCACUGUUUUGGCCUUCAAGCCUGUCAACGAGGUCAUGAUUGGUGUUCCCUAUUGCGUAUCCGACGAUAUCAUUCAGCAAUUUAAUAUAUCGGAUGCCGCGAACCUCAUUACGAUACUUCAGGAAGAGAUCCAUUCGAAGCACCAAAAAGAAGAGGGAUUUAUCCACAGACUAGAUUACGAAAGAAGAAAUGCGAAGAAAGAAAAGAAGGAGGCAGCUGCUUUCGCUGCUUUGCAGAAAAUGAACGCAGAAGGAACCGUAGAUACUAAGAAGAUAGUUAAUAUCGAGCUUUAAUAGAUACUGAUUACAACCUUUCAUGCAGAUGUGGACAAAAUUGCACUUUACCAUUUUUUCUUCACUAGAAAACACUGACAAG